UGAUAGUGUCCGUGUGUAGCCCGGUGAGUGUUGGCUCAGUGGGAGCUGUGGGUAAACUGAGAAGGAAGCUCUGCAGCUUUCCUCCUCAGGUGUGUCUGAGUGUGAGGUCACACAAGCGCUCGGUACAGCUUUGCUCAGUAAUCUCCGGCUGAACCUGUCUGAUAGGUGUGGGCUGGCUGGCACUGACUUGCGCAGGUAUAAGGGGAGAUCCAGCACAGUCCUGAGAGAGGGGGGAAACUGCAGCACUUCUGUCACGCACACUGUUGGACUUUCUCACAAACAUUACAAGGAGAGCGCACACAAACCCCAGUGAAAGGACAGAAGACGAGGAAACUGUGGGAACGAGGAGAAGCUGCGGCGGACAACAGAGAGAAGAAGGCCUCAGAAUGUGAAGCAACCUGGAGGAGAUUCUUCUUCUGCGGUUCGACAAAUGGGUCUGGGAUUCCAAUGUGGCAUUUGAGGCUCUGGGAUGUACAAGAUGUUGCUGUGUUUCUCAGCAUCACGUUAUAUAUGUGUCACCUAGCCGGAGCCAUCUCCAUCCAUUCUCCCCAGAGGAGCCUCACCAGGUCAGUGCAGGAGGAUGUGUUCUUCUCAGUGGAUGUUGCCUCCUCUGGAAUCCCCACCAUACAAUGGACCUUUAUGUCAGGAGCGGUGAGCCGCACUAUAGGGACUUGGCAGCCGGGGGUUUCCACCAACAUAACGGAGGAUUACAGCAGCAGAGUGCAGCCCUAUGACAACGGUUCAAUGGGCCUGUCAGACCUGCGGCUGCAGGAUGCUGGAUACUAUGUGGUGACUGUCACAGAGGCAGCAGGAAGCAGCAAGGAUGCUGGGUUUGUCCUGAAAGUCAACGAGGUUCUGUAUGAGGAUCUUCAGUACCUGUCUGUGUCUGCUCUAGCUCUGGCCUGUCUGGCUGGACUCCUCAUGUUGGCCAUGUGGCUGCUGGACAAGGCCUACAGGAGGAUAGUGGCCUGGAGACGCCGCAGAAAGAUGCCAGAAAAUGAUGUGACGGAGCUGCAGCCUCUGGAUCGAUGUCAGUCUGAGCCUCGGCAUGAAAACACACCUGAGGCUGCCCAGAGCUGAAAGACAAGGAGCUGAGAUGCUGCGUAAAUAGAAGAAAUUUCAUUAUGAAAAACCUAAAGCAUGUUUACAUUUUCUCCUGAAUCCACCUGCAUUUACAGCUCACUGCAGAGGACUAGAAUUAAUGUAAAUAUAUCACAGCUGACACUGGAAAACAAUACAUAUUUAUUGUCUAAACAAAUGUGA